UCUCCAAUACCUGUAAACUCAGGCGCUCAGAUCCGAGUCACAGAGUGAGCAGGGCGGGGUGAUACAGGGCGCGCGCUCAGAGAGAGAGAGUAAUCUGUGUUCACUCCGGGCUCGAGCUUCUACAGCUCACUCUCUCUCACUCCAAACACUCCGCCGCCGCUCAGCGUCACCGGGGCAACCGCGAGCGCGUGCUCUGAUUGGCCGGCCAGAGCCAGGCGCGCGAUGCUGAUGGACAGAGGGGGCGGGGCCUGACCAAUGCAGCUCUAACGUUUUUGGAUAAUUAAAAACAAACAAACAAACAAACAAAUAAACAGCAGGAAGGAUAGAGAGAGAUCCGGACUGAACUGGAUACAGAUGGAGCGAGUCCAACAGUCCGUUAAGAUGGAAGAUGACUCCAUGCCCAGCUCGAGUCCAGGAUGUGCCUUACCUUCACUCCCAUCUACAGCAGCACCUUCACAACUCUACCAGAUGAUUCAGCAGAGCCACCAGUUCCCUCCCCUCAUGCAGAACACGUGCCGGACCCUCGCCGUGCCGUAUAAAGAGGUGUGGCACUGCCGGACCCCCAGCGAGUCCAUCGCCAACAACUACAGCCCUCGAGCUCAACACCUGAAGAUCCCACACCUGCAGCACAGACACACACCGACACGCCCCUCAACUGCUGCCUUCAGGUGUUCUUCUGUAGCAGAGAAGAGACCAGAACUAUCCUCACAAACAGUCAGGUGGGCCCCUGCUGGCCCCUCCCCUUCCACACCUGAGUACAGCAGGUGUGUGGCCUCAGGUAGUCAGGCUUUAACCCCAGACCAGCAGCUGGAGAUCCUGAGGGCCCGGGAGGAGCAGGAGAGGAGGACAGUGACCGAGCCCACAGAGAAAGACUUAGAGAGGUUCCUGUACUACAUCAGAAACGGGAUUCAGGACCACAUGCUCACCCCUCAGCCGCCUCAGGACAUCACCGACACCCUGCAGCUCCUGCCCAGCCAUCUCCAAUCAGAGCUCAGCGUCAGGGGUCAGCGGGCGGAGCUUCUAGAGGAGAUCCAGACUGACUACGCCUUCGCCAUCCGCAGGAGCAUCGUGGACUAUAUCCUGCUGGACCCGGAGGAGAGGGAGCGGUUGCUUAUCCUCAGCGUUCCCCGUCCGUAUCCGUCGCGUGUGAUCCGUGCUCCGGUUCCGUGGAUGCUGAGUUACAGAGAGGCUCACGACUGGAACACCCAGCACCUGUUCACCAUCCAUCCCAUAAUGCUCCACCUACAGAACCUGUGGAUCAACAGGUUCUCCUCUCUCAGGUUUGUACAGUGGGAUGAUCUGCAGGCGGUGGGUUUGCCGCUGCUGCCGGCUGAGUUUCGGGAGCUGGUGGAGAGACGGUGUCGAGCCACCAGAGACGAGCUGAUCAAAAAGUGGUUGCCGUGCUGUGCGUCUCUGUUUGUGGAGUAUAAGGAGACCUGGUUGCCGCUGGUGCCCCGUGGUGAGCGCUCUGUGCCGGUCAGGGUGCAGGAGCUGUUCUCCUGCGCGGCUGCACUGAUGUCUCUGCAGCUGCGCAGUCUGGUUGUUGCAUCACUGCAGGAUCUGCUGCAGGUCCUCAUGCUGUACCAGGGAGGGAAUGAUUACAGUGAGUGUGUGGAGGAGUUGGUGUACACACAGCGUCCGCUCCUGCUGGUGAAGCUGAAGGUGGAGCAGAUCACUAUUGAUUUCCAGCCUUCACUAGUGCAGUGCUGGAGUCUGAUACAACAAGCCUUCACACACAUCAUCACCAGCGCUCACGGCUUACCCCGGGUGGAGUGUAACCUGUUUCCUGAGCUCCGGGAGAAGGAUCUAACCCUGCGUUCAGUCAGAACUGAUGAGCCGUUUGUGUUGGAUCUGCUCAACCAAGCCAGUGAGAUCUAUCAGAGGAACACCGUCGGCCCAAAGAGGUAUCUGGAGGUGUAUAAGAAAUACAGCAAUCUACUGGAUAACUCAGGAAAACAGGAGAUCAUCUCUUUUCUCCAGGAGAAGCACUCUCUACAGGCCCUUUCCAAGAAGAUAGAAGCAGUAAACAGUGUGUGGGAGGAGAUUUCAUCUCUGCGGGUCACAGUCCCGCUCUCUCUGCUCUGUUUAGAGGCGGUGGAUCUUCACGAUGAUCUGUGCGACCGCACGCAACACCUCAGAUACCACCUGAUCAACCACGAGGUGCUGGAGAACCAGCAGCUCAACAGGAGUAUCUGUCGGCGGUACGAGCAGAUUGUAGAUACAGUAUCGAGUGUGCCGGGGAGCACGGAGGAGCUGGUGGAGCUCACUCAGUUCCUGAAACAGACCACUGACGUCACCGUGCACCGACUCUGCACCGAGGUCCAGGAGGCCGCCCACCGCCUCAGCUUCCUGCUGGACUACGCCACCCUGUCAGAUGAGGAUAUUAAGCUGAACAGCAGGGUGUUUCACUGGCCGGUACAGAUCGUAUCUGAGUGUGAGAUCAGCAGAGGGAAACUGGGAACUGAGCGAGAGCACGCUGAGGAGAGACUGCUGAACAGGAUAGUGGAGCUGGAGAACACACUGCAGACUGUGGGUACGGAGCUGGAGGUGUUUAAGAGGAAGGAGAUGAUGAGUGUGGAGGAGAUGAAGAACAACGUGGAGAAGCUGAACGAGCUCACAACCACACUCGACAACAGCCUCACACAGCUGGAGUACAUUAAUAAAGAAGAGGCUCAGUUGGAGAAGGAGGAGACUCAGGUUCCUCUACUGCAGGAUCUGAUCCUACAGAAACAACCAUACGACCAGCUGUGGAACACAGCACUCAGCUUCCACACCAAAUCACACACCUGGAUGAACGGACCGUUCCUCCAGCUGGAUGCUGUGCAGAUAUCUGAGGAGUUGGGGAGCAUGUGGAGAACCGUCUAUAAACUCACUAAGAGUUUCUCUGAGCCGACCGGCCCGCGGAGAGUGGCCGACAAGUUCUGCUCUAAAAUCAACAAAUUCAAACAACAUCUGCCCUUACUGACCACCAUCUGCAGCCCCGGCAUCAAGCAGCGCCACUGGGAGAAGAUGAGCAGUGUUGUGGGAUUUGAUGUGAAGCCGGAUGCAGAAACGUCUCUGCUGAACAUGGUGGAGCUCGGACUCUCCAAAUUCACAGACCAGUUGGAGGAGAUUGUAGCGUCGGCCAGUAAAGAGCACUCUCUGGAGAAAGCUCUGGAGAAGAUGAAGAACGAGUGGGCAGAACUUCACUUCACCUUCACACAGCACAGAGACACGGGGAUGAGUGUUGUCUCUGCAGUGGAUGAUAUUCAGGUGCUGCUGGAUGAUCACAUCAUUAAAACUCAGACCAUGAGAGGAUCUCCAUUUAUUAAACCUAUAGAGACAGAGUGCAAGGUGUGGGAGGAGAAGCUGCUGAUGAUGCAGGAUAUUCUGGAUGCGAUGUUGGCGUGUCAGUCCACCUGGCUCUACCUAGAGCCCAUCUUCAGCUCGGACGACAUCGUCGCCCAGAUGCCUGAGGAAGGACGCAAGUUUGGGAUCGUGGACAACUACUGGAAGGACAUCAUCACUGAAGCGUUAAAGGAUACUCGUGUUCUGGUAGCUACUGGGCAGAUGAACAUGCUGGCUCGACUGCAGGAGUCCAACGACUACCUGGAGGACAUUCAGCGAGGACUCAAUACCUACCUGGAGAAAAAGAGACUCUACUUCCCCAGGUUUUUCUUUCUGUCUAAUGAGGAGCUGUUGGAGAUUCUGGCGGAGACGAAGGAUCCUCUACGAGUUCAGCCCCACCUGAAGAAGUGUUUUGAGGGCAUCGCUAAACUUCAGUUCAGCCCAGAGCUGGAGAUCACCGGCAUGAUCAGCUCCGAGGGAGAGAACGUCCCAUUCACCAACACCAUCUACCCCUCUAAAGCCAAGGGUAUGGUGGAGAAGUGGUUGCUGCAGGUGGAGGGUAUGAUGCUCAGCAGUGUGAGAGAUGUGAUACAGCAGGGAGUAGAGCAGUACCCCCAGGUCCCCAGGAAGAAGUGGGUGCUGCAGUGGCCGGGUCAGGUGGUUAUCUGUGCGUCCUCUAUUUACUGGACCAGCGAAGUGUCUCACGCUAUACAGAACAACACUCUGCAGGCGUAUGUGGAGCAGUGUAAUGCUCAGAUUGCAGAUAUAGUAGAGCUGGUGAGGGGGAAACUGCCUGGAGGAGCGAGGAUGACUCUCGGAGCGCUGACCGUCAUCGAUGUUCACGCGCGUGACGUGGUGGUGAAGCUGGCGCAGGAGGGCGUGUCCUCUCUGAAUGAUUUUCAGUGGACGUCUCAGCUGAGGUAUUACUGGGAGGACGGGGAGGUGAUGCUGAGGAUGAUCACCACUGAGCUCCAGUACGGAUAUGAAUACCUGGGCAACUCCCCCCGACUGGUCAUCACUCCACUCACCGACCGCUGCUACAGGACUCUGAUGGGAGCUCUGAAGCUGAAUCUGGGCGGAGCUCCGGAGGGGCCGGCAGGAACCGGGAAAACAGAAACCACUAAAGAUCUGGCCAAAGCUCUGGCUAAACAGUGUGUGGUGUUUAACUGUUCAGAUGGGCUGGAUUAUAAAGCUAUGAGUAAGUUCUUUAAGGGUUUGGCUCAGUCUGGAGCGUGGGCCUGUUUCGACGAGUUCAACCGGAUCGAGGUGGAGGUGUUGUCGGUGGUGGCUCAGCAGGUGUUGAGUAUUCAGCAGGCGAUUGGGCGGGGUCUGAAGCGCUUCCUGUUCGAGGGUACUGAGCUUUCUCUCAACCCCACCUGCAGCGUCUUCAUCACCAUGAACCCCGGAUACGCCGGCCGAGCAGAGCUCCCCGACAACCUGAAGGCUCUGUUCCGCACUGUAGCGAUGAUGGUUCCAGACUACGCUCUGAUUGGAGAGAUAUCACUCUAUUCAAUGGGCUUCAUUCAGUCCCGGAGUCUGGCGCAGAAGAUCGUAGCGACGUAUCGGCUGUGUUCGGAGCAGCUGUCCUCUCAGCACCACUAUGAUUACGGUAUGCGAGCGGUGAAGUCGGUGCUGACGGCCGCGGGGAACCUGAAACUGAAGUAUCCUCAGGAGGACGAGAGCGUCCUGCUGCUCAGAGCCCUGAUGGACGUCAACAUGGCCAAAUUCCUCGCUCAGGACGUUCCUCUCUUCCAGGGUAUAAUCUCGGAUCUGUUUCCUGGAGUGGUCCUGCCUAAACCUGAUUAUGAGUUACUGCUGAAAGCUCUUAACGACAACAUCACUAAACUCAAACUGCAGCCGGUUCCGUGGUUCAUCAGCAAGAUCAUCCAGGUGUAUGAGAUGAUGCUGGUAAGGCAUGGGUUUAUGAUUGUUGGAGAUCCGCUGGGAGGGAAGACCUCAGCGUAUAAAGUUCUAGCUGGAGCUCUCAAAGACCUUCAGGAGGGGGGCGUGGUGGAGGAGUUUGCGGUGGAUUAUCAGAUCAUUAAUCCGAAGGCGGUCCCCAUGGCUCAGCUGUACGGCUGUUUCGACCCGGUCAGUCACGAGUGGACCAACGGUGUUCUGGCCACGGCGUUCCGGCAGCAGGCCCAGUCCACCUCCCACAACCGCCAGUGGAUCAUAUUCGACGGACCCAUCGACGCCGUCUGGGUGGAGAACAUGAACACCGUCCUGGACGACAACAAGAAGUUGUGUUUGAUGAGUGGUGAGAUAAUACAGAUGAGUUCUAAGAUGAGUCUGAUCUUUGAGCCGGCGGAUCUGGAGCAGGCCUCACCAGCUACUGUCAGCAGGUGUGGUAUGAUCUACAUGGAACCCCAUCAGAUGGGCUGGACGCCCCUCAGAGACUCUUAUAUGAACACUUUACCAGACAGUCUGUCCCCAGAGCACAGAACACUGAUUGUGGAUCUGUUUGAUUGGUUGGUGCAGCCCUGUUUGGACUUCAUUACCCAUAACUGCCGUUUCCUGGUGCAGACCUCACCUAUCCACCUAGCCUACAGCCUGAUGCGCCUCUACUCCUGCCUGCUCGAUGAGAUAGCAGUGGCAGACCAGGAUGGGGAGGAGUCUGUUUCCAGUCAGAAAAUGACCCUGUGGCUGCAGGGCCUGUUCCUAUUCGCUGUAGUGUGGACAGUGGGCGGGACCAUUAAUGGAGACAGCAGGAAGAAGUUUGAUGUUUAUUACAGACAGCUGCUCACAGGUACGAUGGAGGAACAUCCCAGACCCCAGAGCAUCAAACUUACUAAAAGCAGCGUCUUUCCUGAGAGAGGCUUGGUGUAUGAUUACUUCUUCCAUAAGCAGGGAUCAGGACAGUGGAGCACCUGGACCGACUCAGUUACUAAAGAGGAGAGCACUAUACCUGCUGGAGCUAACGUGUGUGACCUGAUCAUCCCCACGGUGGAGACGGCUCGUCAGCUCUUCUUCCUGAAGACGUACCUGUCUCACCAGGUGCCCACGCUGUUCGUAGGGCCCACAGGAACCGGCAAAUCCGUCAUCAACAACAGCUUCCUGCUGUCUCUCCCUAAAGAGCAGUACACGCCCACCUGCCUCAACUUCUCCGCCCGCACCUCCGCCAAUCAGGUGCAGGACAUCAUCACGGCCAAACUGGACCGCCGGAGAAAAGGGGUGUUCGGACCCCCGGUGGGGAAGAAGUGUGUCGUCUACGUCGAUGAUCUGAACAUGCCGGCGAAGGAGGUGUACGGAGCUCAGCCCCCCAUCGAGCUGCUGAGACAGUGGAUAGAUCAUCAGCACUGGUACGAUAAGAAGGACACGUCUAGGCUGGACAUCGUAGACGUGCUGUUUGUUUCGGCUAUGGGGCCCCCUGGUGGCGGGAGGAAUGACAUUACAGGUCGAUUUACUCGUCAUUUGAACAUCGUGUCGAUCGACUCGUUUGAUGAUGAAACUCUCAGUAAGAUCUUCUCCUCCAUCACGGACUGGCACUUCAGUAAGGGUUUCGACUCCUCCUUCUGCAGGCUGGGCAGGGUUCUGGUACAGGCUACGAUGGCGGUGUAUAAGGAUGCGAUGUUGAAGUUUUUACCCACUCCGUCUAAAUCCCACUACAUCUUCAACCUCAGAGACUUCUCCCGCGUCAUCAGAGGAGUGCUGCUCUGCACACACACACACCUGCAGGAAGGGGAUAAGCUGGUACGGCUGUGGGUGCACGAGGUAUACCGGGUGUUCUACGAUCGUCUGAUCGAUGAUGAGGACAGAGAGACGUUCUUCAGCAUCGUCAGAGAGAGAACGCUCGACUACUUCCAACUGAGCCUCAACAAGCUCCUCUGCCAUCUCUCUUCGUCGGGCUCGGUUUCAGACGAGAGCGUCCGCGGGCUGCUGUUCGGAGAUUACGGCAGACCGGACGCAGACGGUGACUCCAGACCGUACGAGGAGCUGACGGACCUGCGGGCGCUGACGGAGGUGAUGGAGCGCCACCUGGAGGAGUACAACACCGUCAGCAAGGCGCCCAUGAGCCUGGUCCUGUUCCAGUUCGCCAUCGAGCACGUCUCGCGCAUCUGCCGCGUCCUCAAGCAGGACAACGGCCACCUGCUGCUGGUGGGCAUCGGCGGCUCCGGGCGGCAGAGCGCCACCAAGCUGGCCACCUUCAUCAGCGACUACCAGCUGUUCCAGAUCGAGCUGACCAAGAGCUACGGGACGUCCGACUGGAGGGACGACCUGAAGCGGGUGAUGCUGAAGGCCGGAGCAGAGGGAAAGAGGACCACCUUCCUGUUCAGCGACGGACAGAUCAAAGACGAGGCGUUCGUGGAGGACAUCAACAUGCUGCUGAACACCGGAGACGUCCCCAACAUCUUCCCCGCCGACGAGCGCGCCGACAUCAUCGAGAAGAUGCAGAGCGUCGCCCGCGUGGAGGGGAGGAAGAUAGACGCCACGCCGCUGAGCAUGUACAACUUCUUCAUCGACAGAGUCAGAGCCAACCUCCAUAUCGUACUGGCGAUGAGUCCGAUCGGGGACUCGUUCAGGAAUCGUCUCCGGAUGUUCCCGUCUCUGAUUAACUGCUGCACCAUCGACUGGUUCCAGGCCUGGCCCACCGACGCUCUGGAGAUGGUGGCCAACAAGUUCCUGGAGGAGGUGGAGCUGGAGGAUCACCUCAGAUCAGAGGUGGUGGAGAUGUGUAAGGUGUUUCAGGAGAGUGCUCAGAAGCUGUCGGAGCGUUAUUACUCUCAGCUGCGCAGGUAUAACUACGUCACCCCCACCUCCUACCUGGAGCUGAUCCUCACCUACAAAACCCUGCUCACCUCCAAACGCGCCGAGAUCCACACCUUCAGGAGCCGCUACCUGAUCGGCCUGGAGAAACUGCACUUCGCUGCUUCUCAGGUAGCAGUGAUGCAGAAGGAGCUGACGGCUCUGCAGCCGGAGUUGAUCAGAACCUCCUCUGAGACGGAUGAGAUGAUGCUGCAGAUUGAGAGAGAGACGGUGGAGGUGGACGCUAAGAAAGAACUCGUCGCUGCUGAUGAGAAAGUAGCCAAUGAGGCGGCAGCAGCUGCUAAAGCUAUUAAGGACGAGUGUGAGGGGGAUCUUGCGGAGGCGAUGCCAGCGCUGGAAGCUGCACUCUCAGCUCUGGACACACUGAAACCAGCCGACAUCACAGUGGUGAAAUCCAUGCAGAAUCCUCCCGGACCCGUCAAACUGGUGAUGGAGUCCAUCUGUGUGAUGAAGGGCAUCCAGCCCGAGAGGAAACCGGACCCCGGGGGCUCGGGUAAGAUGAUUGAAGAUUACUGGGGUCCUUCUAAGAAGCUUCUAGGAGACAUGAAGUUCCUUUCCAGUCUAAAAACCUUUGAUAAGGACAAUAUUCCAGCCGCCAACAUCAAGAAGAUCCGCGACAAGUUCAUCGAGCACCCGGAGUUCAAGCCGUCGCUCAUUAAAAACGUCUCGUCCGCCUGUGAGGGGCUCUGUAAAUGGGUCCGAGCCAUGGAGGUGUACGAGCGCGUGGCGAAGGUGGUGGCCCCGAAGAAGGAGAGCCUGAAGGAGGCGGAGAAGGAGGAGGCGGUGCAGAUGCAGAAGCUGGAGGUGAAGCGAGGCGAACUGAAAGAAGUCCAGGACCGACUGCAGUCCCUCAAUGAUAGUCUCUCAGCCAUGAUCCAGAAGAAGAAGGACCUGGAGGACAACAUCCAGCUGUGCUCCCAGAAGCUGAUCCGAGCGGAGAAGCUGAUUGGUGGGCUCGGAGGUGAGAAGGACAGGUGGACGGAGGCGGCCAGGCUGCUGGGAAUCAGGUACACCAACCUGACGGGAGACGUCCUGCUGUCCUCGGGCACCGUGUCCUACCUGGGGGCGUUCACCGUGGAUUUCAGGGUGGAGUGCCAGCGGGCGUGGCACGAGCUCUGCAAGCAGAAGAAGGUACCCUGCUCUGAUGACUUCACUCUCAGCACCACCCUCGGGAACCCGGUGCUGAUCCGGGCGUGGCAGAUCGCUGGGUUACCUGUGGACUCCUUCUCCACCGACAAUGGCAUCAUCGUCUCCAACUCUCGACGCUGGCCUCUUAUAAUUGACCCACAGGGUCAAGCCAACAAGUGGAUCAAGAACAUGGAGAAAGCCAACAAGCUGUCCGUCAUCAAGCUCUCCAACAGCAACUACGUCCGUACCCUGGAGAACGCCAUCCAGUUCGGAACGCCGGUUCUUCUGGAGAACGUCGGCGAGGAGCUGGAUGCCGUUCUGGAGCCGGUUCUCCUGAAGCAGACCUUCAAACAGCAGGGCGUGGAGUACAUGAAGCUGGGCGAGAACAUCAUAGAGUAUUCCAAAGACUUCCGCUUCUACAUGACCACUGGCCUGAGGAACCCUCACUACCUGCCGGAGGUGGCGGUGAAGGUAUGUCUGCUGAACUUCAUGAUCACCCCGCUGGGUCUGCAGGACCAGCUGCUCGGGAUCGUCGCCGCCAAGGAGAAGCCGGAACUGGAGGAGAAGAAGAACCAGCUGAUCCUGGAGAGCGCCGCCAACAACAAGCAGCUGAAGGAGAUCGAGGACAAGAUCCUGGAGGUGCUGUCCUCGUCUCAGGGGAACAUCCUGGAAGACGAGACCGCAAUCAAAGUCCUGUCCUCCUCUAAAGUCCUGUCGGAGGAGAUCUCUGAGAAGCAGAAGGUGGCGAGUCUGACGGAGCAGGAGAUUGACGAGACGCGGAUGGGGUACCGACCCGUAGCCGAGCACUCCUCCAUCCUGUUCUUCUGCAUAUCAGACCUGGCCAACAUCGAGCCCAUGUACCAGUACUCUCUCACCUGGUUCAUCAACCUGUACCUGCAGUCCAUCGCCCAGAGCCCGCCCAGCGAGCACCUGCCCACCCGCAUCUCCAGCGUCCUGCAGCACUUCACCGUCAGCGUCUACAGGAACGUCUGCCGCUCGCUGUUCGAGAAGGACAAGCUGCUGUUCUCGCUGCUCCUCACCGUCGGCAUCAUGCAGGGCAAAGGUCAGGUCAACGACCUCGUCUGGCGCUUCCUGCUGACGGGGGGCGUCGCCCUCGAAAAUCCGCACCCAAACCCCGCCCCCGAGUGGCUGUCGGACAAGGCGUGGGCCGAGGUGGUCCGAGCCUCGAAGCUGGCAGGUCUGGAGGGUCUGUUUGAGCAUGUGCAGCAGAGCGUCUCUCAGUGGAAGGAGAUUUAUGACUCGGGUCGUCCUCACGAGGAGCAGUUCCCGGGGAGAUGGAGCAGUCUGGUGGGUAUGGAGCGCAUGGUGGUGCUGCGCUGCUUCAGGCCUGAUAAGCUGGUUCCCGCUGUGCAGCAGUUCAUCACGGAGAACAUGGGCCGAACCUACAUCGAACCCCCGACCUUCGACCUGACGGGAAGCUACAGAGACUCCAGCUGCUGCUCACCACUCGUCUUCAUACUGUCCUCCGGAUCAGACCCCACCGCAGGGCUGCUGAAGUUUGCGGAUGAUCUGGGUAUGGGGGGAGGAAGGACCCAGACGAUUUCUCUGGGUCAGGGUCAGGGUCCGAUCGCCGCCCGCAUGAUCGAGACGGCGCUGAGGGACGGGACGUGGGUGGUCCUGCAGAACUGUCACCUAGCAACCAGCUGGAUGCCAACGCUGGAGAAAAUCUGCGAGGAGACCAUCACACCUGAGAACACACACCCCGACUUCAGGCUGUGGUUGACGAGUUACCCGUCGGACAGGUUUCCGGUCAGUAUUCUGCAGAACGGAGUGAAGAUGACGAACGAGCCGCCGAAGGGUCUGCGGGCGAAUCUGCUGCGCUCGUACCUGAGCGACCCCAUAUCUGACCCCGCCUUCUUCACUGGCUCCUCCCAGCAGGAGGCGUGGCAGAAGCUCCUGUUCGGACUCUGCUUCUUCCACGCCCUCGUCCAGGAGAGGAGGACCUUCGGCCCGCUGGGCUGGAACAUCCCGUAUGAGUUUAAUGAGUCGGAUCUGAGGAUCAGCAUGCGGCAGAUCCAGAUGUUCCUGGAUGAAUACGAGCAGAUUCCUCUGGAGGCCCUGACCUACCUGACAGGGGAGUGUAAUUAUGGAGGCAGGGUGACGGAUGAUAAGGACCGCCGGCUGCUCAUCUCCCUCCUCUCCACCUUCUACUGCCAGGAGCUCAUCCAGCAGCACCAGUACAGAGUGUGUGAGGGAGGAGACACCUACUACAUCCCCCCACACGGACCGUACGAGAGCUACGUCGAGUACAUCCGCAGUCUACCAAUCACAGCAGAGCCCGGGGUCUACGGUCUCCACAGCAACGCUGACAUCACCAAAGACAACCAGGAAACUAAUCAGCUCUUAGAUGGAGUAUUGCUCACCUUACCCAGGCAGACAGGGGGAGGGGCCAAGUCACCUCAGGAAGUGGUAGAUGAGCUGGCGGAGGAUAUCAUGGUGAAACUGCCGUGUGACUUUGAUCUGGAGACGGUGAUGAUUAAAUACCCAGUGAUGUACCAGGAGUCCAUGAACACCGUCCUCCGACAGGAACUCAUCCGCUUCAACAGGUUGACCCAGGUGGUGCGCAGCAGUCUGGUGAACAUCAGGAAGGCUCUAAAGGGGCAGGUGGUGAUGUCGGCUGAGCUGGAGGACGUGUUUAACAGCAUGCUGGUGGGGAAAGUUCCGGCGCUGUGGGCGGCAAAGUCCUACCCCUCCCUCAAACCCCUCGGCAGCUACAUCUCUGACCUGCUCGCCAGACUGCACUUCCUACAGGAGUGGAUAGAUAACGGACCCCCGGUCGUGUUCUGGCUCUCCGGGUUCUACUUCACCCAGUCUUUCCUCACCGGAGUUUCUCAGAACUUCGCCCGUAAAUACACCAUCCCCAUCGACUACAUCAGCUUCCAGUAUCAGGUUCUGCAGCAGGAGAGCAGUAUGGGGGCGAGGCCUGAGGACGGGGCGUAUGUACGGGGUCUGUUUCUGGAGGGGGCGCGGUGGGACCGGGAGCGGGGGGUCCUCGCCGAGUCCCUCCCCAAAAUCCUGUUCGACCCCCUGCCCAUCAUCUGGCUCCAACCGGCCCAGAGCUCCGCCUCCCAGCAGCACAGCGUCUACCAGUGCCCAGUUUACAAAACCAGCGCCCGCCGCGGUACCCUAUCAACCACCGGCCACUCCACCAACUACAUCCUCACCAUCCACCUGCCCUCAGACCAGCCCCACAAACACUGGAUCAACCGCGGAGUCGCCUGCCUCUGCCAGCUCAACCACUGACCUCACUAUA